AUGGAGGCAGUGAUAGUCGAGCCGCCCCAGGAUGCGACUCCACGUAUCGUGUGCUUGCCAGAGCUAGGGAGAGUGCAGGAGCGAGUUGUGCUAAUUUUCCAUGCAGCUUAUCCGGACGUAAGAGAUGUGCACCUCUAUUCUGUACAUCUCGAACUUCUCAAGUUACGCCGAUCUCGACUCAUGGAUCACAUUCGAGCAUCUCUGGAGCUGUCAACAUUCGGUACUCCACGAGCUCUGGAGCUCGCAUUCACAAAGAUGAAUGAAGAGCUGCGGGCUCUGGUAGGAUCAUCAGAUUGCCGGGAUUGGUGUGCGCAAAACAGGUCCUUGGUGGUGGUGCUUGGAGACGCACAUGUGUAUGUAUUUGGCCAGGCCCUUGCAUUGGUGAUACUGUGCCGAAGUGGAAAGGACGAAAAGCUAACCCGUCCAAGUUCUCUCUACCGUCUCAAAAAUGCUAGCCCCCCGUACUUACUCUUUUGUUGA